CCAUCAAUCCAACCAGUGCAACAAAUCGACUGGAAAAGCUUGCUUUUUUAAAUAAUAAAUGAGUGUUUGAUUUGAAUUUGAAGGAUCGAAAAACGCGCAUCGUUUCCAUAAUGUGUAUAAAUUUUCGCAAAUUUGUUUUCUUGAUCACAAUUUCGAUUUAUUUAGAAAAUACAUUUGUUCACAGUGCCAUCGAUAAAGAUUUUUCAAAAGAAAUUUAUUACAAGAAAGGAGAAGACUUAUUGGUUUCUGAUUCGAAAUGGACCUUCAGUGAACGCAGAGGACGCUUAUCGAGCGGCAGCCCAGUCGCUACAUUUCUUAAGAACUCACUUAGCAUUACAAGUGCUAUAUUUACAAUCUGGAUCUUUGCUGAGACAAGGGAAACACAAGCUGAUAAGAAGCAAGUCACUAGUGAACAACAGUUUCAAGACUUAAAUGAUCACAUGGAAUAUCUAAAUAUUCAAAUGGAAGGUGUUCAGCAUUCCCUAAUGCAUCUGACGUGUCUCUUAUUCGAUGCCGUCCAAGCACAGACGAAAAAUAAGCCCUUCAGUCGAGAAUGUCUGCAAUUUAUUCAGAAACACAAACAGGCUGAAACAUAUUCUCCCAUAAACCGUCCCACUUUAUAACCAAAAACCACAUCGAGAAUAAAAAUUCUUUAUCAACCAGCCUAUGAUGGGCGGGUUCCAAGAAUUAAUUCAAAAAACUUGUUUUGUAUUCGGACGCCAUUCAUCACGCAUUAGAUUGACCUCAAAUCAGGUUUCUUCUGUGCUCUGAUUUAUUAAAAAGUGUAAUUUAUUGAAAUGUACGUUGUAUCUUAAUAACGCUAUCGAGUAAUAAACA